AACCCAUCUUCACCCCCACAAACUUUCACUAACACCACUCUCUUUCUCUUUCUCUUACCUUUCCUUUUCUUCUUCAAUCUCUCUCUCUCAAAACAAAACUAAAAAUAACAACAAUGGCCAGACCUCAACAGAGAUACCGAGGCGUCCGACAAAGGCAUUGGGGCUCUUGGGUAUCGGAGAUUCGUCACCCAUUAUUGAAAACUCGAAUUUGGCUUGGGACGUUCGAAACAGCAGAAGACGCCGCUCGAGCCUAUGACGAAGCGGCUAGGCUCAUGUGUGGACCGAGAGCUCGGACUAACUUCGCUUACAACCCAAAUGCAACUCAGUCAUCGGCUUCAAAGCUUCUCUCGGCGACUCUCACGGCUAAACUUCAUAGAUGUUAUAUGGCUUCUCUGCAAAUGACCAAAUCUUCAUCUAAUAAUUCAAUUCAACAAAACCCUUUAAUAAAAUCACCACAAAGCUCCAGUCUUUCUGCUACAUCAACCACCACUAAGUCUUCGCCGGAGAAGAGACCGGUCCCGGCAGCGGUGACAGAGAGUGAGUUUGGGUCAAACUCUGAACUACAUGUUAAGAAAGUCAAAGUCGAAGUUGAUGAAAGCUAUAAUAACAAUAAUAAUAAUAAUAACCAAAUUCAGCAAUCGUUUAUGAUUCUUGAAGAAGAUGAUCACAUUGAGCAGAUGAUUCAGGAGCUUAUUCAUUAUGGGUCAAUUGAGCUGUGCCCAAAUUCUGCUUACUAGCCAUUUUUAGCUGAUGAUCAUUACUAUUAUUAUUAUUAUUAUUAACUUAAAAACUAGUACUUUAUAUAUUCUACUACUAUAUCUAUACAUAUAGUAGUAUUUUGACUCUAUUUUUAGGAACAAAAUUCUCUUCUUCUGAUUCUGAGUAACCAAAUUUUAUAAAUGUUGCUUCUUCUUUCUAGCUACUCUCUCUGUAAAUCUCAAUGUAAUGUAUUAUAAUCUUAUUAUUCUCUCUCUCUCUAUAUAAA